GGCGGGGAGACCCCGGUGGCCCAGCCCGCCGCAUCUGCCUCUUCCUCUCCUUGCUGCCCGGGGGCGGCCAGAGCCGCGGGCUGGGGUGUGGAGGCUCCCCAUCUGGCCUAAGGUCACUCUGAUUCAUUUCCGCUUGGGGUUUCCCUGUCGGGGCACUUAAGGUCUGCUGCCACCCGCAUCUUUUGGGCCUCCUCACCUGUAACCUGGCUCACUCUCCGGCUCCCUAGCCUGCCCGCCCAGGAUCUUGCUCAGGCCCCUCUUUUCCAGGACAGUCCUGCCCCGAAUGUGCGGCCUCCCGCAGGGCCCUCCUUGACUCCUGCCCUGGCUUCCCCUGCCAACUGGGAGGACCUCGCCCAUGCCCACCUCCCCCUGGCCUCUGGCACAGCCUGGCACCAGGGAGCUGAACCUGAGCCCUCCAGGCCAGUCCCUCUGGCGGUGCUGUCUCCUCUUUCACAGACAUCUGGGACUUUGGGACUAGGGAUUGGGUUGCCGCGGCAGCCCUUGCUAGGGCUCUUGGAGGUGCUGGCCUUGUUUGCCCAUCCAAACUGCGGCCCUGUACCAGGCCCUGAGGGCAGGGUGGGCAGAGCUGCCGCCAAGAGGGUGCACCUGUGGCCCUGGCUGCCUGAUUCUGGCCUGAGCCGAGGAUAGCUUGGGCAUCCCUGCAUGGCUUUCUCCACCUUCACUUACUCUCAGAGCCUCCUGGGGCAGUUGGCCCAUCUGGACCUCCGUGUGGCCCUUGCCACCAUGUGGUGUGAGGCUCCCAGCCCUGUUGGGUCUCGUCGUUAUGAUCUGAUGUCUCCCUAACUACUUCCCUGGCAGGAGUUGGGAGUUUGGGGUGGCAGUUACCACAGGGCCAGAGGCAGUGGGGCUACCCACUGGGGCGCACGCACAAGGGCACAUGCACAGAGCCAUGCCAGGUGAGAUCUGGGGGAUGGGAGUGGAAGGCUCUUGGCUGACCACAGUCAAGGGGCCAUCUGGGCCCUGUGUGGGGUCCUGGGGUAGGGUGAGGGUGAAUUACUUGGGGCCACAGAAAGCUGCAAAAGUGGCAGCCGGUGCUCUCUGAGUGGGGGAGGAGGAGGAGGACUCCCAAUCGGGCCAGAAACCUGAUUAUUUCGGCUACGGAAGACCCGGUGGAGCACCAGGUGCUGAGGCCACUUCGGACUUCCUCUGAUACUUGCUGGUAUGCAAAGGGGAGGGCCACCUGUUUUUCCCUCAUUCGCAUGAUGCCUCUUGAGCGCCUGCUCAGUGCCAGUGAGGUCGUGGUGAGGCCCUCUGUCCCAGGAGAAACAUCAAGGAAGGGAGAGCCGGAUGCCUGCAGGGUGGGGGCUCCGAGUUGCUCACUAAAUGCUUGUUGAAUGAAUGGCCCUGAUGGUGCUGCAGAAGGAGUUGCUCUUGGAGCCCAGGCCAGACCCUACCCAAGGUUGGUAGUUGGUCAGGUGGGGGCUGCCCAAAUUCUGGCUCUCGGGGUGGGCAAGGGAGGAUGCCCCCAGCACCGCCAGUCUUCCCCGAGCUCCCUUCGUGGGACACUUGCUGUUCUACCCACUCUCCAUGUUUGGGUAAUUAAUCCUCAUCGCCACCUGGGAGGUGGGAGGACUGGGUCAAGAGGAAAGCAAGUGUUCCAGGAGCAACUCUUGCGACACAAGCAACAUCGAGAUCAAAAGAGUCAGAGUGAUGGCAAACCUUUCAGAAAGGCUGCAGCGCUCUCCACCAACAGACACCUGCCGGCCAUCCGGGUGACCUGCACAGGGUCCUGCGGGGUUUCCAACAAGGUCAACGAUGCCGCAUGGGUGGUGGAGGAGGGCUACUUCAACAGCUCCCUGUCACUGGCAGACAAGGGGAGCCUACCCGCUGGCGAGCACACCUUCCCCUUCCAGUUCCUGCUUCCUGCCACAGCACCCACGUCCUUUGAGGGGCCUUUCGGGAAGAUUGUGCACCAGGUGCGGGCCACCAUUGACACGCCACGCUUCUCCAAGGACCACAAGUGCAGCCGGGUCUUCUAUAUCUUGAGUCCACUGAACCUCAACAGCAUCCCUGACAUCGAGCAACCCAAUGUGGCCUCGGCCACCAAGAAGUUCUCCUACAAGCUGGUGAAGACAGGGAGCGUGGUCCUCACGGCCAGCACCGACCUCCGAGGCUACGUGGUAGGGCAGGUGUUGCGGCUGCAGGUUGACAUCGAGAACCAAUCGGGCAAGGACACAGGCCCUGUGGUGGCCAGUCUGCUGCAGAAAGUAUCCUACAAGGCCAAGCGCUGGAUCUAUGAUGUGCGGACCAUUGUGGAGGUGGAGGGUGCCGGGGCCAAGGCCUGGAGGCGCUCUGAGUGGCAGGAGCAGAUCCUGGUGCCAGCACUGCCCCAGUCUGCCCUGCCAGGCUGCAGCCUCAUCCACGUGGAUUACUACCUGCAGGUCUCCCUGAAGGCCCCAGAGGCCAGUGUGACACUCCCAGUCUUCAUUGGUAACAUUGCUGUGAACCACGCCCCGCUGAGCCCCCUGCCAGGUCCGGAGUCACCAAUGUCUCAGGUGGUGCCCUCAGCGCCGCCCCAGGAGGAAGUGGAGGCCGAGGCUGUGGCCAGCGCUCCCCUCUUAAUGGACCCCAUCAUCACCCUGUCUACCAAGAGUCACUCGCAGCCACUGCCGCCUUCCCCCUUCAGGGCUGCGUCUGGCGUCCCCGAACUCUGUGCUCAGGUCCGCAGCCCCGCGUCCCACCCUCUGCCCCCUCCCUUGUGCAUCUCCACGGGUACCACAGUCCCCUACUUCACGGACGGCCCUGGGGGGCCAGUGCCUGCCACCAGCACCCAGAUCUUACUGCCGGAGUACAGCUCGUGGGGCUACCCCCAUGAGGCCCCGCCGUCCUACGAGCAGAGCUGUAGCCACACGGACCUCGGCCUGAGCCCCCAGAGCUGACUGCCCUCUCGCCGCCUUCUCAGGCCACAGGCGGGCCCAAGUUCUCGUGCCUUCUCCCUGGCUCUGCCGGCCCACUCAGGACCCUCGGCUGCUGGCUACGCCUCCCAGUCCCCGUCCCGGACCAGCCCCGCAUGGCCCCUCCCUGGGCCAGCCUGCGCUGGGGCGCAGAGAGCACGACCUGGAGACUGGUGUAAAUAAAGAGCUUUAUUUCCA